AUGAAAUCCCAACAUCUCCAGCUAAUUCUCCACAAAUUCCUCAUUUUCUUAUUGGUUUCAAUUUCGUUAUCCAACUGCAACAUCCCGGACCAGCUCACCACCUGUGUGACAACUACUACUGCAUACAGGUGUGGAACCUUGCGAGGGAUCAGCUACCCUUUCUGGGGAGGAAAGAUACCUGAAUAUUGUGGAAACCACAUGUUCUAUCUCAUGUGCAUAGGAGACAUUGUUCCGGUCAUUGGCAUCAACAAACAAUUGUUUACUCUGCUAGACAUUGAUCAAGAUAAUUAUACGAUGAGCAUAUCCCUAUUCGGCUGGAAUCCUUGUCCCGAUAGUUACAAGAACUAUCAAUACUAUCCUUCGGAUCAUCGGAACUUCGCUUAUACAGAUACAGUAAGAAAUCUAACAUUAGUAUAUGGAUGCCCUAUGCUCCCUUUCAUGCGCAAGAGUAAUUUCACAUGUGGUGUUCAUACCAGCAGUCCAAACGACUAUAAUUACUAUGCAGAUGAAGUCACUUGGGAGAUGCAAAAGGAGUACUUUAAGGCUUGUAAAAGGAAUGUUACUCUUCCAGUUUCUAAAGAAGCUCUUAUGGAACUACUUAAGGGUACCAUCAAUGUGCAAGAAGCUCUGAGUCACGGUUUUAAAGUUGAAUUUACUACAAACAGGCAUGCUUGUACCCACUGUAAAAAUUCUCUUCAUGGUUAUUGCGGAUCUAACGUUACUAACCAUAGAUUUAUCUGCCUUACUCUUAAAGAUCAUGAUCAACCUGAUACGGAUGUACCUGUGCCAGGACCAAUAUCAGAUCACUAUAAAGAGUCGCAUUCGAAGAAGUUAAAAAUAGGCAUUGAGCUUGCAGCAGCUGUGGUGUUAUCUCUAUGUAUCGCUACUUUCUCAUUUUGCAUCAUCAGAAGGACGACGAUAUCAAAUAAAAUGACAAGAUCCUUUUGUAAAACGAUAAACCACAAUGAUAAGAACAUCGAGAUGUUGAUCAGGAAGUAUAAACAUGUAGCUCCCCAAAGAUAUAGCUAUUCAGAUAUCAAAAAAAUGACAAACUCAUUUAAGGUUAAACUAGGUGAGGGAGGUUAUGGAAGUGUAUAUAAAGGGAAGCUACAAGAUGAUCGUCUUGUGGCAGUAAAACUUCUCAACAAAUCACAAGGAAUAGGGGAAGAAUUCAUCAAUGAGGUUGCCAGUAUUAGUCAGACUUGUCAUGUUAACAUCGUUUCUCUUAUAGGAUUUUGCUUUCAGGAUCGCAAAAGAGCACUUGUUUAUGAGUUUAUGGUUAAUGGUUCACUUGACAAGUGCUUACAUGAUGGAAACAUUACAAAAGAAUGCCUAGGUUGGAAAAUUAUGCAUCAAAUAGCAAUCGGGAUAGCUCGAGGUCUCGAGUACCUGCAUCGAGGAUGCCACACUAGAAUAUUGCACCUAGACAUCAAACCUCAUAAUAUCCUUUUGGAUGAAGACUUUUGUCCAAAAAUUGCAGAUUUUGGGCUCUCUAAAUUGUCCUCUAGGAAACAAAGCAUUGUAUCAAUGGAGAAGGCAAGGGGAACAAUCGGGUAUAUUGCACCUGAAGUGUAUAGUAGAACAUUUGGGAAUGUUUCGCAUAAGUCUGACGUCUAUAGCUACGGAAUGAUGGUUUUAGAGAUGGUUAGUGGAAGAAAAAAUAAAAACGUCAAAGAAGAUCAUAGAAGAAAAACUAUAUUUUUUCCACAUUGGAUUUACGAGCGUCUCAGACUUGGAAAUGACCUAGGAUUGUGUUCUGUUGUGACAAAUGAGGAUGAAGAAAUUGCGAGGAAUAUGGUGUUAGUAGGAUUACGGUGCAUUCAGACAAAUCCAUCAAACAGACCAUCAAUAGGUGAAGUUUUGGUUAUGUUAGAAGUUUCCACUGAGGUAUUGACAAUUCCUCCACAACCCUUCCAAUUUUCCCCUCAAAAUUCUGAUAGUAACCCUUCUCCAACUUCAGAUUUAUAAAAAGAAAGUAUACAAAUGAGAGUUCAUCUUCUGCAGAGGUUAGUCAAUUUUAUGAAUAGAUAGCAUGCAAAUUUUCCAUGUAUUCUUUUUAUUAGGUUUCAUAUUCUGUAAGUAAGCAUGAGAAUUGUCUUGCAAAUUUAACCAAGUCUCCAAAUCCAGGAAGCAAUGAAAAAAAAUAAUGUUAACCACAACCAGCUACCAGUUAACCAAAGUUCCAGACAAGCACAUACCUGUAAGCUUGGCCUAAGUGCAUAAACAAUUGGCUCUGCAUGUUUGACACUGUGGAGAUGAACUGCAUCUUAAAGUGUAGCAGUUUGGCGGUGCUGCCAUAAUCUAAUAAGCAGUUUGGCUGUGCUGCCGAUGCCUUUCUCUUUUGGCUGCUCUUAAAAGAAAAGAUAGCCAGUCAGAUAAUUUAGAGGAUGUUAUGAAAUACAGAGUCAUAGUGUUGAAAUUAGAAUUGAUCAUUGAGCAGAGUGUGUAUUUUGGGUUAAAACUAUCACGUAUUAGUACCUAUCUUGCACGGAAACGGAAAAUGCUCAAAGGAUAAAUAUAAAGUUUGGUAUUUCAGAAGCAUUUCCGGAAAUGAAAACGAAAUACUGAAACGUGCAACAUAGAUUAGUACUAAAUUACCACUGAAUUGAUAUGCACCAUGACCUUAAACAUAAUUGUGAUUUUGACAUAACAUAAGCAUGCUAACAAAGUGCAGAAAUUCUAUCAGAUGACAUCUUAAACCAUAUUUUCAAUCCUACCAAAAUAAUCAUGCCAAACCGAUGAAAACAAGCUGAUAACUGUAACUAUCUGAGCUCUGUUUAGCAGUAGAAUGAGCCCUAGAAAUCCCUUCACUAACUGAGAAAAAAAAAUUAGAACUUGUUUCCAGCAUAUUCAUUAAAGCUGAAUUAAUUACACUCACAUGUGAAUUGGCAUAAUAAUCAUCCGUGGAAAUGUUUUUUCUCCGGCGACGGUCUUUCCAUCGGCAGCAACAGAUUGUUCUUCUCCAGUGGUAGUCCGUUUGUCAGAGGCUGCUGCUCGUAAUUUUCAUAGGCAACAUUUGGUUCGUCGACGGAAGCAGUUGUAAGGACCUUCGGCUCGUCAGCUCCUUGAUCUUUGACGGCAGCAGCUGGUUCGUCGGCGGCGGUUGGCAGGGCCGGA